AUGGGAUUAACAAUGGGAAUGGAUUUCAUGGAAAUGGUCUUUCAGUGGGAGGUCAGAGAAAGAGCUGUUGGUAUGAAGAAGAAAUUGAAGAGAACUUGCGAUGGUGCUUUGCUCUCAAUAGCAUUUUGCACACCGGAGCCACUCAGUACCAGGACAUUCAACUAUUGGAUACAUAGCCUUUUGGAAAGGUCCGCUCUUGUAAUUGAUGGAAAGCUUCAGAGUGCAGAGACAGAUGAAUUUAUCUACCAUGAAUCUCUUGUCCAUCCAGCAGUUCUUCAUAACCCAAAUCCCAAGACCAUCUUCAUUAUGGGGGGAGGUGAGGGUUCCACUGCAAGAGAAUUACUAAGACACAAAACUGUAGAGAAGGUUGUCAUGUGUGACAUUGAUAAGGAGGUGGUUGAUUUUUGCAAGUCAUACUUGGUGGUUAACAGAGAAGUUUUCUGUGAUCCAAGACUUGUGCUCAUCAUAAACGAUGCUAGAGCUGAGCUUGAAAGGAGAGAAGAGCGUUAUGAUGUGAUCAUAGGGGACCUUGCUGACCCCAUUGAAGGAGGCCCUUGUUACCAACUCUACACCAAAUCAUUUUAUGAACUCACAGUUAAACCAAGACUUAAUCAGGAUGGCAUUUUUGUGACACAGGUACUUAUAUACAUGAACAUAUAUGUGUGUGCAGGACCGGCUGGCGUUUUCAGCCAUACAGAAGUUUUUUCUUGCAUCUACAAUACUUUAAGGCAGGUUUUCAAAUAUGUUGUGCCUUACUCAGCACAUAUUCCUUCCUAUGCUGACAUUUGGGGAUUUGUUAUGGCUUCGGAUUCCCCAUUUGUGCUAAACGCCAAAGAAUUGGACCUUAGAAUGAAACAGAGGAUUCAAGGAGAAUACAGAUACCUUGAUGGCAAAACCUUCACAUCAGCCUCUACCUUGAGCAAAGCUGUUCGGAAAUCACUGGACAAUGAGACUCAGGUUUACACAGAAGAAAAUGCAAGGUUCAUCUAUGGCCAUGGUUCUGCCUACAAACACAAUCAUGCCUGAGAAUUUCCAACUAAAAGCAGAGAGAGAGAGAGAGAG